UUUGCACAUAAUGUAAUUUUUCUAUGUAGUAUCUAGGACACUGGUUCGUAGUUGCGAAAUAUGCUUACGAUGGUAACAUGUACACAAAAUGUUGCGAAGUAGAUCGAAGCCCGACGGUGAACGAGGAUGGUACAGUAGAUGUAGAACUCAUCCAAGUAGAUGUAUCAAGCGGCAUUGAAGUAACAUCGGAUGGCGUUGCGAUAUUCAAUGAAUAUGAAUCAAAAUAUAUUACACAAUAUGAAGAUAUAGAUGGCACUAAAGAACAUCUGAUUGUAUAUACGGACUACAUAAAUGUUGCCAUCCAACUUAAUUGCCAUGAUGAAGCAGUUGAUGGAUUGAACAAUGUUUUUAUUUUGGCAAGACAACCAUAUCUAGAAGCAGAAUAUUUCGACGAUGUUUGGCAAUUUCUAUCGGAUAGCCAGCUAGGUGGAGUGCCAAUGGUUAUGGAAGAUUGGGAAAGUUGUCAGAGCAAGAUCUGCUAAUUCGUUUUUCAGGCAAAUUUUGCCCUUAUAAAAAUUUUCCUCAGGAAAAAAUUGAUCUGUUUAAAAUUUUUAAAUGGAAAAUUAAAUUAAAAUUUAGUAUAGUUAUAUUUACAAUUGUUACUUUCACUUUUCAAAUAAUGAAAUCUUAUGAAGUCGUUUUCAAAUUUAUACUUACUUAUUUCAGUACUCACAUGUAAUAUCUUCAAUUAUCAGUAAAUAUUUUGUUGGAUCCUAA